AUGGCGGAACCCGAGCCUGCGGCCGCCGACCUGGACGCCCUGGUCGAUGACCUGGACUACCUCCCGGGCCACUUCCACCUGGCCCUGCAGCUGAAUUUCGAGCCCCGCUCGCCGGCCCCGCUCCGCGCCCGGGACUUGAAGCUGCAGCGGGAGGGCGUGCGCCAGGAGCUGGAGCUGGCGAGCGCCCCGCAGCGCCCGGCCGUGCUCCACCUCCUGGGCGCCUUCGCCUUCUACCUGGAGGAGGUGGACGAGGCCCGCGAGCGCUUCCUCCAGGUGGCCCGCGACGACCCGGGCAACCUCAACGCCUGGGCCAAUUUGGCGCACGUCUACGGGCGGCUGGGGCAAGAGCGAGAGGAGGAGGAGUGUGCCGGCCAGCUGGCCGCUCUCAUGGGCCUGCAGGCCGACCCGGAGACGCCCGGGGACCCCGAGCUCCGCGCGGCGCGCUGCCUGGCCGAGCAGGGCUACGCGCACGGCUUCGACGUGGGCUGCGCCAAGCCGGAGGAGCGCGCGCAGGGACUGGCCGCGGGCAUCGCCCUCUACGACAAGGCGCUGAGCUAUGCGCGGCAGGUGCCCAUGGAGGAGAAGAGGGGCUGGUACUUCACCAUGGCAACGCUCUUCAUCAGGCUAGAUGGCAUCUCCCUGGAGCUGGGCAGUGAGGAGCAGAAGCGACUGCCAGCCUUCAACCGCACGCUGACCCUGCUCCGGCAAGUCCUCAAAUCCUCAGACCCCCACCAUCGAGCUCUGGCCUGGUGCUACCUCGGGAUCCUGAUGGAGAGAAAGGCCACCUUCUCCACCACCCCCCUGGGCGUCCACGACUGCGGGUACUCGGGGACCGACCCCCUGGACUGCUUCGGCAAGGCCAUCGAGACUGCCAGGGGCCAGCCCCCCGUGCUGAACCGCCUGGCCAAAAUCUUCCACUUCCUGGGGAAGCAGGACAUGGCCAUUGGAACCUGCAACAUGGCGCUGGACGUCCUCCGGGACCCGGAACUCAACUGGCAGGCCUACUGCACACGGGCCAAGAUCCACAUCAAAACUUACCUGCAUGACCUGGAGCGGGCCAAGAUGGGACUCGGGGGCAUGCCUGACAGGAACCACCUGGCCUGCGCCAAGACUGACCUUGAGGAAGUGGUCAAGGUGUGCCCAGGCAUCAAGACCUACCUGGACAUCAGCCAGGUGUACUACUACAUGGGCGUGGACGCCGUGCAGGAGCUGAUGGCGGUGGACGAGGCGGCGCUGAACCAGGCCCUGGUCUUCCUGGCCAAGGCCAGUGAGUGCGAGGUGGGCGCGACGCUGCCAGAGCUGCAGCUGCUUCGUGGCAAAUGUCUGCGCAUCAAGGGUGAGGAGGCCAACGCAGCGGCCUGCUUCAAGCGCGCCGUGGAGCUGGACGACACAGGCUCCUGCCACACCGAGGGCUUCGGCUGCCUGCUGGAGGCGCUGCUGGCGCAGCGGAGCCAGGAGCUGCUGAGCGACAGCGAGCUGGGCCGCGAGGUGGACGUGUGGCUGCGCCGCGCCCAGGACAAGUACCCGGCGGGGCGCCUGCGCCAGGAGCUGCAGCGCGUGUGGCGCGGCCACACGGACGAGGUGCUGGGGCUGGCCCGCGCCUUGGUGGCCCAGGGCCGGCUGGCGCUGGUGCGGCUGCUCUUUGAGGCCAUGGAGCUGGAGGGCGAGGGCGCCGCAGACCGGCCGCUGGCCUUCUGA